AAUUAUAUAAAACGGGAGGACUCGAUUGGUGAUCCAGCACGUGUUCAAGUUCUUUAUGAACGUGCUCUUGCUGAUUUUCCUGUAUCAAGUGAUUUGUGGCUUGGAUAUACUAGCUACCUCGACAGGACAUUGAAGGUUUCUGAAUUUGUCAAAGAUGUUUAUUCAAGGGCCACAAGGAACUGUACAUGGAUAGGGCAGCUUUGGAUCAAUCAUAUGCUUGCAUUGGAACGCAUGUCUGCUUCAGAGAAAGAGCUGAGCACUGUCUUUGAGCGGGCAAUUCAAUGCUCAUUCCCUGGCGUGCAAGAGUAUCUAGAUUUGUUUCUUACUCGAAUAGAUGGUUUAAGGCGGAGGAUUUCUUCAACGGUUGCAAAAGAGGAUGGCUUGGAUUACUCCUUGAUAAGAGAAACCUUUCAGCGUGCUGUUGAUUACUUCUCUCUGCAAGUAAUAAGCAUCAAUGAUCUACUGCACUUGUAUGCAUAUUGGGCGCGUUUGGAGGGUACUCUUGGAAAUGAUUUUGUUGCCGCUCGAGGUGUCUGGGAAAGCUUGAUCAAGAAAAGUGGCUCGUUGCUAGAAGUGUGGCAAGGUUACCUAGCAAUGGAAGUUGGAAUGGGCCAUAUUAAUGAGGCAAGGUCCAUUUAUAAGAGAUGUUAUAGUAAGAGGUUUCAAGGAACAGGUUCUGAGGACAUUUGCCACUCUUGGUUGCGAUUUGAAAGGGAAUAUGGCACUUUGGAUGAUCUUGAUCUUGCCGUCAAAAAGGUGACACCUCGUUUACAAGAGCUGAUGGCUUACAAAUCGCAGCAGGAUUCUAAAGGUUCUUUGUCCACUCAGAAAGAUGGCUCAGUUGCCGUAAUUGCAUCACAAAAACGGAAAGCAAAUAAAACUUAUGGUGAUAAGCAGCCUCCGGCAAAGAAAAGAAAAGACGUUACAAUUGAACGAUCUGAAACAUCUAUACCUGUUCCUACCAGUACUUCGAGCAUUUUGGAUAAUGUGAAUCAGCAGGAAGAAACAUUGCAAGACACUGGGGAUCAUGAACAUAAUGUUAAAGGUGUUGAAGAUUCAAAGUUGAGCAAAACUAAGAUAUUUUACACUGACAAGUGUACUGCAUUUAUAUCAAACCUUAGUGUUGAGGCAAAUGAGAACCACUUGCAUGGAUUCUUCAAGGAUUCUGGAGGAGUGACUGCUAUACGCUUACUUAGGGACAAAUUCAGUGGUAAAUCAAGGGGGUUGGCCUAUGUAGAUUUUUCGGAUGAGGAACAUCUUGCAGCUGCUGUUGCAAAGAAUAAACAGAAGUUGCUUGGCAAUAAAUUGAGCAUCGCUCGCUCAGAUCCCAAGCAAGGACGAAAUAAAUCUUUGCCUCCCAGCAUGAGUUCUCGUAGUCAAGGUAAAGGAAACCUAAGCAGAGGAUCUGAAGCUCCUCCAAGAGAAGAAAGUCGCAACACUGCAAAACCUGUGAGGAAUAUUACCUUUGCAAUACCCAGAGCAGUUGCGAAGCCAUUGGGAUGGUCGAAAAGAGAAUUACCAACUGAUGAAACAACCGAGAAGCCCAAAUCAAAUGAAGAGUUCAGAGAAAUUUUUCUGAAAAAAUGAAGAUUUACGCCUUCCUCUAAAUCGGUUUGUAUGGCUUAUAUGCGAGUUUUUAACCUGCUUAUGUAUGGCUUUUAAAGUGAAGGCCUAUAUGAAUUGAAUUUUAAACAUUAAAAUUUUGGGGGAUGUACAUAUAUAUAUCACUAUAUACUA